GGAAGCUAUCAUUAUAGUGAAAUAAAAACCAUUUUAGCCAAAGCUGAUAUUUAAAUACCCUUCUCCAAUUCUCCUUCCAAAGAUUUUAUUUUUCUGUAAAAUAAAAAGCAAAUUAAAAGACAGAGGAGGUAAAAGUUUCUAUAAGAGCAGGAAAGGAAAGUAGUAAUAACAUGACAAUUUUUCUUUCUUUUGCUUUCCUGGCUGCUCUUCUGGCUCACAUAGGGUGCAGUAACCAGCGCCGGGGUCCAGAAACCACUGGUAGAAGAUACAACCGGAUUCAGCAUGGGCAGUGCACCUAUACUUUCAUUCUUCCAGAACAAGACGGGAACUGUCGUGAAAGCACAACAGACCAAUACAACACAAAUGCCCUUCAGAGAGAUGCUCCUCACGUGGAACAGGAUUUCUCUUCCCAGAAACUGCAACAUCUGGAACAUGUGAUGGAAAAUUACACACAGUGGCUGCAAAAACUCGAGAACUACAUUGUGGAAAACAUGAAGUCGGAGAUGGCCCAGAUACAGCAGAGUGCAGUUCAGAACCACACAGCCACCAUGCUCGAGAUAGGAACCAGUCUCCUAAGUCAGACGGCAGAGCAGACGAGAAAACUCACAGAUGUUGAAACCCAGGUACUAAAUCAAACAUCCCGUCUUGAAAUUCAGCUGCUGGAAAAUUCAUUAUCUACUUACAAGCUGGAAAAACAACUUCUGCAGCAGACACAUGAAAUACUGAAAAUUCAUGAGAAAAACAGUUUACUUGAGCAUAAAAUAUUAGAAAUGGAAGAAAGGCAUAAAGAAGAGUUGGAUACUUUGAAAGAGGAAAAAGAGAACCUUCAAGGCUUAGUCUCACGCCAAAGCUACAUAAUCCAGGAGCUAGAGAAGCAGUUAAACAAGGCAACGAACAACAACAGUGUCCUGCAGAAACAACAGCUGGAAUUGAUGGACACAGUUCACAGUUUGGUCAAUCUUUGUUCCAAAGAAGGAGUUUUACUAAAGAAUGCAAAAAGAGAGGAGGACAAGCCAUUCAGAGACUGUGCAGAUGUGUACCAAGCUGGUUUUAACAAAAGUGGAGUCUACACUAUUUAUAUUAAUAAUGUAUCAGAGCCUAAAAAGGUCUUUUGUAAUAUGGAGAUCACAGGAGGAGGAUGGACAGUAAUACAACACCGAGAAGAUGGGAGUCUGGAUUUUCAAAAAAGCUGGAAAGAAUACAAAAUGGGUUUUGGUAGCCCAUCUGGUGAACAUUGGCUGGGGAAUGAGUUUAUCUUUGCAAUAACCAGUCAGAGGCAGUAUUCUCUAAGAAUUGAGUUAAUGGACUGGGAAGGAAAUCGGGCAUAUUCACAGUAUGACAGAUUUCAUAUAGGAAAUGAAAAGCAGAAUUACAGGCUGUAUCUAAAAGGACACACGGGAACAGCAGGAAAGCAGAGUAGCCUGAUCUUACAUGGAGCUGAUUUCAGUACUAAAGAUGCCGAUAACGACAAUUGCAUGUGCAAAUGUGCCCUCAUGCUAACCGGAGGCUGGUGGUUUGAUGCCUGCGGCCCUUCCAAUCUGAAUGGAAUGUUCUAUACUGCUGGACAAAACCAUGGAAAACUAAAUGGGAUAAAGUGGCACUACUUCAAAGGCCCCAGCUAUUCCUUACGUUCAACAACUAUGAUGAUUCGGCCAUUAGACUUUUAAAUGGACUCAGCAGUGGACACAGAAACAAAACACAAUAUCACUCUUAUCUGAAGAACUUCUUGUGUAACCUUCAGAAUUAAAAGGCUGGGGGCUUCAUGAAAGCAACAGGUAGGAGCUACACAAAGUUGCUCCACUGUCACUUCAUAGCCUGCAAAAACUCUACACAAGUCAGCCCAUAUGCUGAUGACAUUGGGACGGCUUGGCCUAUGAGAAAGUGGCUGUAAUGAUUUUCCAGUGGAGGAGAAGAAGUGAAAUUUGUGUUCCUGUUACCGUGACUGAAUCUAGUGUCUGUCGGCAGAUGUCUUUUCCUUUGUGUAAAAGAUGCAAAAAUAUACUGGAUGAUACUGAAGAACAGAAGCAAAUCUACCAUAAUCUAUUGAGAAGAAUAGUUUUCAGCAGUGAAAUGGCAUCACAUCUAUGCAAAAGUAUUACAGAUAAGCUUUUAUUAAUGUAUAUCUUAAAUUAUCCAAAAUGACCACUCCAAUCAUUGUCUUUCUUAAGUGAACUGAAGUUAGACAGAUGGAGUUCUCUUAAACCCAGAAUCAAAUAGUGUAUGCUAGAGUUAUUUUUCAUUCAGCCCUUUUCAAAUGUAAAACAUGUUCCUGAUAAACAUACUGAGUCACAGUGCAUGAAGAAUGAUAAGGAUAAUAUGCAGAAAAUCGUCAAUUGCUCAGCACUGUUAGGGCAAAGUAAGUGUAGGUAAUCCAGAUAAUUGGCAUAAUUCUUGAGCUAGGAUUUAUAGCGUGAUAACAAAAGUAACCAUGUUUUUUCC